AUGAAAUGUUGUUUUAAAUUGGAUUAUGAUCAAAUGGCGUUGUUAGAAUCCGAUGAUUCUUCCUCCGAUCCGCUUAAACGCUUCCAGCCACUCGGGAAGCACUUGGGUGAAGGAACGUACGGUACAGUUUCAUUGUACCUGGACACAUUAACGGGGAAGAAUGUGGCUAUUAAGAAGGUUAAGAAUAUAGAGUGGAAGGGGGAGCGUCAGUUGGUUGGCAUGGUGGGCAUUCAUUUUACAACUCUGCGUGAGCUGAAGGUGAUGCGCGAGUUACAUCAUCCUAAUUUAAUGGAUUUGGUAUCCGUUUUCGUAUCGCAAGGUUUCAUCAACAUUGUGAUGGAACUGAUGGCAGGUGACCUAAAAAAAGUUAUAGAUUCCAAGGUCCGUCUGAACAUUUCCCAGCAGAAAUGUAUAAUGUGGCAACUUCUGAAAGGUCUUGAGGAGUUGCACAACAGUAAUUUCGUUCACCGUGAUUUAUCACCGGCGAAUGUGUUCAUCACUGAUCAAGGUGUUCUCAAGAUUGCUGAUUUUGGUCUUGCUAGGCGAUGCGUCUACAGCCCCUUGAUUCCACCAACAAGCAAACGCAUUAACCCUGCAGAAUUGGACAAGUACUGUGUACGUGAGAAGAUGACUUAUCGUGUGGUUACAUUGUGGUAUCGCUGCCCAGAGCUUCUGCUUGGGGCUGAAUCUUACCACUUUGCUUGCGACAUAUGGUCUGCAGGGUGUAUAUUUGCCGAGAUCUUAGAUCAGAAGCCUCUAUUUACCGGCACCAACGAAAUAGAUCAGAUGGGUCGUAUAUACAAGGUGUUCGGUACUCCAUCGCAUACAAAUUGGCCCAACGCCAAGAACCUUAAGCUUUACACCCCCUUCACAGUUGAGCAGCCGAAACAACUCAGUAGCAUUAUCAAGGGUCGUUCAGCUGAAGAGAUGGACCUUUUACAGCGCAUGCUUACGUUGGAUCCAAACGAGAGGAUCUCAGCUAAAGAGGUUUGUUCAUGGCCCAUCAUUUGUCAUGACUACCGUCAGGCACUGGCACACGAGUACUUCACUUCGCCACCGCUUAUGUGUAAACCUGAGCAGCUGCCAUUCGACUUUGUGGGCGGGUAUGCGUGA